CCUUCAGCAAACUCAACCUCCCUCUUUUCCAACCCCUCAUCCCAAUGCAUUCAUUUUCCCAUUUUCCCCAAGUCCCUUUGUCUGGAGAGGACUGAUGGAAAAGAUGCAUGUGAAGAAUCCCAUCAUGUGGCUCACCUACACGGUAGCUUUUGUUAUCUCUGUAUCUUUGGCUUUCAACAUUGAUACAACAACCCCCCACAUCUCUACUAUGGAACAAACAGAUUUCUCCAGAAGCAAAUUGUUUCAAUUCAUGUCUGGCAAAAACAAAGGGAUACAUGUCACUGCACCACAGCAGCUAAACGCACCAGAGGAUAUGUGCAAAUCUGAUCUAAACCAGACUCACCAGUGCCUCAUUAUUCCAGAAAUGUCUCUCACAGACACAACAAUACCUGUCAAGCACUUAAGACUGUCAAUACCUGAAGACUCCACAGAUUCCCAAUUCACUGUUUGCAGCUCCAGGGUGGUUCAUGAAUAUGAUGAGAACUCCUAUGUAAACAGUGUGUGUUACAAGUUGACAGAAAAUGCAAGAAAGACAGUGGACCUUGUCUUUCUUUUUGAUGGAUCAGCGAGUAUGUCUGAAGAUGAGUUCAUGAAAAAUAAAGAUUUCAUAGUGGACAUAAUGACAACCUUUCAGAACACAUCAAUCAAGUUUGCAGCAGUUCAGUUCUCCUCAAAUUACAAGAAGGUUUUUGACUUCAAUGACUAUCAACAUGGUCCUGCUCUUGAAAAACUUAGGAAAGAACCCCAGAUGAAGAGUCUCACCUACACACAUAAAGCCCUCAGUUUUACAUUGGAGCAUAUUUUGGAAAAGCCAGAUGCAGGCGCCUCUCCUGAUGCAACCAAAGUCCUGGUACUGAUCACAGAUGGAGAUCCCAGUGAUACGGACAGAAAUGGGAUUAUUAAAAGAUAUAAAGAAAAAAAAAUCAUUCGCUUUGUCAUUGGGGUCAGAGCUGCCAAGCUGGAUAAAUUUACGGCCAUUGCCUCAGAACCGACAGAUAAAUAUGCCUUCCAAAUCGAGGACUAUAAUGGACUCAAAGGAAUACUGGAAAACUUUCAAAACAGGAUCUCUACAAUGGAAGGAUCCUGGGACAUGACUAGUGAAAUGGCUCAGAGUGGAUUCAGUGCUGUCUUCUACAGGGAGAACUUGAUCCUGGGUUCAGUGGGAUCAAACAGCUGGCGGGGCUCUCUCCAAGAACUCCAUGAACAAAACAAAACGCAAACUGAUCAGCGCUCGCAGAAUGACUAUAUGGGGUACUCUGUUUCUGUUGGAGAGAUGAAUAAGGCUCCUCUCUACUUCACGGGCGCACCAAGAUUUAACCACACAGGACAGGUCGUACUUUUUGUACAUAAUGGUGAAUACUGGAUCACAGCCCAAACACUGACUGGACACCAGAUCGGUUCCUACUUUGGUGCAGAGCUGUGCUCAGUAGAUAUCAACUCCGAUAAUAACACUGACUUCCUGCUGGUGGGAGCGCCACUGUUUUACCAGCCUCAGGAGAAGAGAGAAGGCCAGAUCUACGUCUACACAAUGACUGAUGAGAUGCAACUGAAAAAUGAAUUGAGUGUGACAGUGCCAUCCAUGGGUAGAUUUGGCACCACCAUAGCCAGCCUCGCAGAUCUGAACGGAGAUGGACUCCGAGACAUUGCUGUUGGAGCCCCCAUGGAGGAUGAUAACAGGGGAGCUGUGUACAUCUACCUCGGUGACAAACACCAAGGGAUACGCAGCACUUUCAGCCAGAGAAUCAUGGGGCAGAAAAUAAAAUCUGGGCUGAGAUUCUUUGGACGGGUCAUUGAUGGGGACAUCGACCUUGGAGAGGAUGGACUUCCACGUAUUCUGAUUGGAUCACAGGAAACAGCUGUUGUCUUAAGGUCCAGGCCUGUCUUUAAUGUCUUCCCACAACUGUAUUUUCAACCUGAGGAGAUCAGCACUGAGAAAAUUGACUGCUUAAGCAACACAGAUGAAAGUGUACCUAUGGUUACCUUGAUAGUCUGCUUUGAAAUGGUUGAAACAACAAAGAGCAAAGCAGGGACAGUGAACCCUGAACUGAACAUCUCAUACACGCUAGAGGUGGAUCCAAUGAGACAAACUUAUCGAGGUUUCUUCAGUCCAACUGAUAGAGAAGCUAGGAAUCUUACUUCUACCCACGAACUGAAGGAUAAAGAGACAUUCUUCAAUUUCACCAUCUACAUGGCUAAAUGUGUGGAAGACACAUUAUCGCCCAUCAGUGUCAGACUAAACUUCUUCCAAGUUGACAGCGAGAGUGCGAGUGCCGUCUUGAACAUGGACAGCCAAUGGCAGGCUGCUGCUGAGGUUCCAUUUAAAAAAUAAUGUUGAGCCAAUGACACCUGUAUGGAUGAACUUGAGAUGGACAAACAGCAAGAGAGAAGCAUGCUUGGAAAAAUGAGUAAAAAAGGUCAAGAACUGAGAUUAGUCUGGGUAAAGCCAUUAUUGUGUUUAAAAAAGAAUCAACAGUAAAGAGUGUAUGAGCAACCGUUGUAUUCCUAUAUAUACAGUAUAAUUUCACUACACUUCUCAAGAUUUAAGAUCAGUGUUAAUGCUCAUGAUAGAACUGCAACCCCUGUCCAGCUACACCUUCCUCUCUCUCCUGUUGAGGCCACUCACAAACUAUUACAACAUAUUCAUGUCACAAAAUUAUUGUAAUCAAGUAUAAUUAACACAAACAUCCUCAUUUCCAACAUAUAUGCACAGCAUACAAAGUUUGCAAUGUAGUACUGAUGAUAUGCAUUUGUCAUUGUUCAAGAUGGAACAUCUAUACUAAAAAGAAAAAGCCAUUUAAAGAUGUGACUCCUUUUUUAUUUGGCUUAAUAAAACAGCACAAACCCAG